AUGUCAUUAAGAAUUUGGAAAUAUCCUAAAGCUACAUCACAAUCAGAACUUCGUCCUUAUAACAGUAUUACUAAAAGCAAAGAAUGUUUUGAACCAGUUCGUCAACGAAAAGUUAUAUGGUGGCAUUAUGUCAAUAUUAUAAUUGAACGAGCUCGAGAGUAUCUUUUUGAAGAACAUAUAGAGUCAACUUACAUAAAAUUAGUUAGUCAAAAUAUUCGCCCAACCAUUGACUUUGUUCAAAGAAUUCAUGGCACCGGUUAUCCCUAUAUAUCUAAUUCGUCAGUGUAUUUCGAUCCAUUUAAAUUCGAUAAACAACGUACAUGUGCUCAACUAGAAGCUGAUCGAAUGGAUAAUGUGGCUGCUUUAAGUGAACGUGAAUGUGUAUUAACCACAUCGGAUAUGACCGAUAAAGGAAAGAAAAACGAAUGUGACUUUGUUUUGUGGAAGACAAGUAUACUGCGUAUGUGGCCAUCAUCAUGGGAUCUUGGUAGACCAAGUUGUAACAUUGGAUGUAGUGUCAUGGCUAAUACCGUAUUAGAUUCACAUUUCGACAUUCAUACCGGUGUUAUCGAUGUUGAAUUUCUUGCUUGUCUUACGGAAAGAAGUCAUUUGGAAUUUACUAAUUCAUGGUUGUCUUAUUUUCAUCAUGGCUGGCACUUGAACUUUCCAAAAUGUAAAAUGUCAAAAUCAUCAAAAAAUUUUAUUUCAUUUGAACAAGCACUUAAAAAAUAUGAUUUUCGACAACUCCGAUUAUUAUGUCUGUCAUACUCAUGGUCAUUGACUUUAAAUUAUAGUGAUCAUGAAAGGAACAAAGCUGUUAUUUAUGAAGUAAUGCUUAAUGAUUGUUUUUUUCAUGACGCCAAAACACAUUUAGGUGUAUUUCAAGUAUCAAGUAAUGCAAAUGCUGUUACAAAAUUCGACGAACAUGGUCGAACAUUCAAUGAACAUUUCUCAACAAGAGCUCAAUGUUUUUCUGGUGAUUCAUUAAUUAAAUUAUCAAAUGGUGAAUAUAAAGAAAUUGGUAAUCUUCAAUCUAGUGAUGAAAUAAUAACUAUUGAUCAAUCAAAAACAAUUUCAACAGAAAUGAUAAUGAUGUUAGAUAAACAAAUUUCAAAACAAGCAUUAUUUUAUACGUUAAGAACAGAUUCUGGUAAUGAAAUAAGUUUAACAGAAUAUCAUUUAAUCCCAACAAUAAAUUCAAAUGGAAAUGAAAAUUAUUUAUUUGCAAAACAAAUUAAAAUAGGAGAUUAUUUAUUUGUUCUAUUUAAUGGAAAAUUAAAAUAUUCUCCAGUAAUAAAUAUAACAAUUGAAAUGAAAAAAGGUUAUUAUGCUCCAUUAACAAUGAAAGGUACUUUAUUAAUAAACAAUGUUUUAGCAAGUUGUUUUGCAAAUGUUAACAAUCAUCAUUUAGCACAAUAUUAUAUGACACCUUUUCAUUAUUAUUAUAAAUUUGCUCGAUUUAUGUCUUUAUAUGAUCCAUUUAAUAUUAAUAAAACUGAAGUUCGACCAGAUUAUAAAGAAUAUUACGAUGAUAUUUUAAUUCUACAAUGGCUGAAGUCUCUAAAAACAUCUAAAUCGAUUGCUCAACAUGUAGCUAUUUUUGAACAAAAUCUUUGUCAAUUGGUCGAAGAAUUAAAAGAAUUUACCUUUCUCGAUAUUUAUGGUGAAAUUCAUUAUGAAAAAAUUGAACCUUAUCGUUUAAUGGUUCAAGCUCGCUUUCCUAAUAGUCGAAUAGAUGUUGCAAUAUCAAGAUUUCGUCUUUGGCUUUAA